AAAACUCUAGACCAUUGUGGUUGAAUCUUUCUUUAUUUCAAUUUUGCCAUAGAAUGUCAGUAGCACGAGUUUGAAGCUCGCUACGAAUUGUGUUUCUUACUAUGUAGUGUACAGUAAUUCAAACACAGUAUUACAUGGUCUAAAUUUUCACGAUAAAGUAUUUGUUUUGCUUAUAAAUUCCCCCAUACAUUCCUUUAUAAACCACUGACAGUAGCCUUGGGCUGCCUGUGGUCCCCCGAACUCGUACUCGUGACAACGCGACAACUAUACCAGCUACGUACCUAAGUCUUACAACUCUCAAAGGGAAGGUUCGAAAUGACUUCCAUCUACUCGAUCUACUACUUUAUAGGGAUCCUAAUCGCCCUUGUUGUAUCGUUAAGAUUGUUGAAACUGCUUGUGGUGCGGUUUUUCACAUCGGAUUACUACAAAUCGCUUUUUGCGGCGCGAAUGCAAAUGUUUAGCGAGCUGCACAAAAGUGGACAGACUAAAUCAAGCAAGAUGCGAUCAGAACUUAUCUCCGUUCUAAACAUGAAGAUCGCAGAGCUUGGAGGAGAUGUCGUUGAGAUAGGAGCCGGACCUGGAAACAACACAAAGUUUUUACAAUUACCAGAAGGAAGCUUUUUGAUCGUGGUAGACUACAAUCCACACAUGGAAAAAAUCUUUCGAAAGAAUAUGGAGACUGAUAACCCUAAUCUACAUUUGAAGGAAUUUCUUGUCCAAAGCGCGGAUGAUAUGAGUGAAAUACCGGACGGCAGUGUGUCUGCUGUCCUAGCCACACAUCUAUUAUGCUCACUUGAUGAUCAACAGACAAGAAAAGUGUUGAAAGAGAUUAUGAGGGUGUUAAGGCCGGGUGGAUGUUAUUUCUUUCUUGAGCAUGUGAUAGAUAAGCCUGGCACCAUGCGCAGAGCUGUGCAGUGCAUGCUGGGUAGUGUGACAGGGAUCUGGCAAUUGGUUGCAGAUGGUUGUAAUCCUGACAAAGAUACAUGUCAGGAAAUCCAUCAGGCUGGCUUUGGAUCAGUUACCUUGAAAAACAGUCUAACGGAACAGUUUUACUUAUGGAAUGACCCUAUAUAUACCAUUACUUCUUAUGUGACCAGACCAAAACUAUGGGGGCAUGCAGUUAAACAUAGCAUCAAAAGGUGUACAGAAAAGGACAAGUUAGCAAAAUUGUUUGAAUCAAUGGCUCAAGCCUAGUUACCAUGGCUGUCCCAUGCUUGAUUUCACAUUUAAUUUCUUUAAUUAUCAUCAUAAAUUGCAACUCUCUUCAGCUGUUCCUGCUUGCCAUAGAGAGCCUUAAGGGGAAUUCCAGGCCGCAGAUGCUGAAAACCCUCAUAUGAAUUUUACCUUUAUGAUAUGGAAGGGAUAAAUUGAAAAAACAAAAAACAAAAAACAUCCACACUGUCCAAUGGGUCCUAAUUUGUGGCUGCCCCUUGCUUGAAUGUCUGUCUAACUAAACACAUCAGUCCCUUUACUCAACAACCUUUCAAUGUUAUACUCAAGAAGAUUAUUUGUAACAUAGAUUAUAGGUUAUUUUGAACACUUCAGAAGGUUGUGCUGAUAGAUAAACAUGGACCAUUUUUUUAAUUUUCUAAAUCCCUUUUCAUUUUGAAUUGUUUCUACAUGUGCAUGUAUGCUAGUAGAACCUUUUAUAACUUGGUCCUAAUUUUGAACUUGAAGUGAUUUUAGUCUGUCUUCAGAUUUCGAGUUAGCAGGGUUCUAAUGUAUUACCUUCAGCAAUAGACCGUUUUUACGAUGCAUGCACAUAAAAAAAGCCACAGCUAAUCUAAAAUGGCAUACAAGGUGGAUUUUACAGAUGAAGCUGUAGAAAAUGCUUUCACAGUGCUUCUGUCUGAGUUUUGGAGUCAAAUUCCCCCUUUUGCCUGCAUUUUGGAUCAGCUGUGGCCUGCCAGCCUGUGCAAUUUUGUAUGUGCAUGCAACAUUGUAAAAACAGUCUAUAGAAAAGCAUAAUAUAGUAGGAUGAAUUAAAUUACACAGUUUAGUGACUCAAGUGUAUAAUGGUGACUGCUGGAAUGUUGAUUUUGUUUGUAGUUGUGUUUUUUUUUCAUCAGUAAAACAUUCCAUAAUUUGUACCAUA